AUACAUCAUAUUAAAAAAAAAUAUUUAGUAUUCUCACCCUCGCCUAAGGUCUUUCAGCUUCUAAUAUUUAGCGAAGAAAUGGCGCUCUAAAGGUCCAACAAACACAUGGAUAUCGAUACCGGAAAUCCAUCAUAGGCAGUAGAAUCUCGGCCUUAUAUAUUUCGAGACCGGUGAGUGCGAUCAACAAAAUCUAAAGUAGACCUCGGGGAUAAAAAAAAAAAAAAGUCAGGAAAAUCCAGUGGUCGGGCAGCGCCGCGAGAAGAACCAUCGGCUCAGUCCGGCGGCGUCGCUCAGCUGUUCAAACCAAAACAAAAAAAGAAAAAUCAAAACAAUCCAAUCUCCUCUUCUGUCACUCGGCAAGUGUCAGACGUCGCUCGCCAUGGACCCCAAGCUGAUUUCUCUGACACUCGCCACGUUAUCUUGCGCCCAAGCAUACUUGUAUUUACUGAAGCAAAAGAAGAAAAGGAGGAAGAGGCUUCGGGUGACGCCACUUCUGCAAAGGAAAGAUAGAAGCGAGUCCGAAAGACACCCCGAUGAUGAUCCUACGAAGAAGAAAAAGAGAAGACUCUGGGUCAAGCCUUGGUUACAGAGAAAAAAUAGGAAUGUUUUCGAUAAAUUAAUUCAGGAAAUGCGACUCGACGAUGAUCCCGUGUUCUACGAUUUCCAUGGGAUGAAUAAGGAGAAUUUCGACAAACUGUUAUCCUUGGUGUCUCCUCACAUUCAGAAAGAAAACACCAAAUUAAGAGACUCUAUUCCUUCAGCACAACGACUGUCUGUAACGUUGCGAUACUUAGCUACAGGAGAAGCUCGUCGCUCAUUAGCACUGCAGUACAGAAUAAGCCAUUGUUUGAUAACACGCAUUAUUCCUGAAGUCUGUAAUGCAGUACAUUUGGUUUUAAAGGAUAAUUAUCUGCAGUUACCAAAAAACCCCAGAUGAAUGGCAACUAGUGGCUAGUGAUUUCAGCAGUAACUGGAACUUUCCAAUGUGCAUAGGAGCCAUAGAUGGAAAACGCUUUCUUGUACAAUCACAAAACACAGGACCAGAAUAUUGUGAAUAUAAAGGUUAUCAUGGCAUAAUAAUGGUAGCACUAGUUGAUGCUAACUACAAGUUCUUGUAUGUAGCUGCAGAAGCACAAGGGCAAGCAAAUGCUGCUGGUUUCUGGGACCAUUGCAGGUUGAAAGAAUAUUUGGACAAAAAUAUGCUUCAAUUUCCACCAGCUGCUACAUUACCAUCUGUGAAGGAGAAGGUUCCUUAUGUGAUCCUAGGUGAUGAUGCUUUUCCCUUGGAGGAUUACCUAAUGAAACCUUACCCUGGCCAAAACUUAUCAGUGGACAAGAAAGUAUUUAACUACAGAUUAUCUUGUGCUCGUAGAGUAUCAGAAAAUGCCUUUGGAAUUCUUGCUGGCAAAUUCCGAGUAUUUCAGCGACCUAUUCAGGCGACACCAGCAAAUGCACAAAGCACAAUAUUUGCAGCAGUUGUGCUACAUAAUUUUUUAAGAAUACAUUCCAGAGUACCUGUGCAACAAGAAUUGAUGGAAAGGGAAAACAUUGACAGUGGUGUUUCACUUCCUCAUAAAAAGGUUCCAGGAAUUGAAAAGCUUGAAGACAUCCCAAGAAAACUUUCCAGUAAUGCAGAGGCAGUACGGGAUAGUUUCAAAACCUACUUUAAUGGAGAAGGUAGAAUUUCAUGGCAGGAUGAUGUGGCUCUGUUGGACUGAAGUAAUAUAUGCCUUAAUUUGUUAAGAAUAUUACACGUUUAAAUUUGUUUUUUCACAAAUAUAUAUAUUCAUAUAUUAUUAUGUAAGUGUAAUUUCGUGCUUCUAUAUAAAAUACAUAUACAUAUAUAUAUAUAUACUAUAAAGUCUAUAUGAAGGAAAUGUUUUGGUUAUGCCAUACUUUAUAUUUUUUUUUUUUGAAUCUUUUAUUAAGUAGCAUUAUUUUAGUAUUUUCAUAGUCAAUAAACUUGUGCUUAA